CUUGUUAUUUAAACGCCGGCUUGCUCGCAUCUUGAAGUCGUGCAUUUCACUCCAUCACCAGGCAGCAUGGCUUCUGACAACCAGGCGCCUCUGGGCUCCAUCGAGAACCCCAAGAAGUUCCUGGACCAGGACUUUGACACCCUGCUGGAGAAGUGCCUGAAGGCUGGGAAGCCGUUUUCAGACCCGACCUUUCCGGCUGAACAGAAGUCCAUCGGGAUGCCUGAAGACCCWAACCCUGCAAAGGCGAUCAAAUGGAAGCGACCCAAGGAAAUCAGUGGGGAUGCUGUGUUUGUGGAGGACACGAUUGGAACCACAGAUAUCUGUCAGGGCCAACUGGGCGACUGCUGGCUGCUGGCAGCUCUCUCCUCUCUGACCAUCCACCCUCAGCUCUUUGCUAAAGUUGUGCCGUCCAACCAAACACUGGCUGAGCCUUACGCCGGGAUCUUCCACUUCAGGAGGCGUGUGGAGGAAGCUGCGUCUGGACCCGGGGAACUACAUCAUCGUUGGAUCCACUUAUCGGCCCAACCAGCCCGGAGAGUUCUUUAUCCGCAUUUUCUCUAAGAUCAGAAACACUUUGGGAGGUCAGGACUUCACCUGCUCUUCUACCUACCUGCCGGUUUCGUCCCCCCCUGUCUCCACAGAGGAUCGCACCAAAGUUGCGAGCACGUUUGAUGAAAAAGCCGGUCCAGACGACAGGCUGGAUGCUGARGAGAUCACCAAGCUGUUCAACUCAGUUGUUGAUAAAGAUCUGCCUCUGGAGACAUGCAGACAGAUUAUCUUUGGAGAAGAUACUGAGGGCCGCGCCACUCUGAGCCGUCAGCAGGCAGAAACCCUGAUCUCAGAUCUGCGCAAUCUGCAGUCAAUUUUUAUCAAGUUUGAUGAGGAUUCUUCUGGGACCAUGAACCUGUUUGAGCUCAGCAUGGCCCUGGAGGCUGUUGGAAUGCGAUGCGACAACAAAGUAGUUCAGUUCCUGUCUGAGCGGUUUGCAGCUGGAGAGCUUCAGCUGCCCUUCCACGGCUUUGUGUCGUGUGUCACCAGGCUGCGCAAGCUUUUUGCUCUGUUUGAAGCAGAGACAAACCAGGAGGUGAAAAACCGAGGGAUCAAUGCUUGGCUGCUUCAGUUCAUGACGCUGUAAAGAUGUUGAAAACGGAACAAGAAGAGGUUAAAAAAACGGAUUCAGAUUCAAAAUUUCUUGCUGUCAUUGCUUUACAUGAUUUUACAUCUUCUGAUGUUUUAAUUCCAAUGUGCUGCAUCCAAAUUAUUUUAUAAUCACAUCUAUGAUACUGCUGUCCUGACAGAGCUCACUAGGAACUUGUUUUAUUCAGUAAUGCCAACUGAUGCUUUCAUUAACAAUAAAACAAUUUUAACACCUUAAACAUAA